CGAAGAGGCCGGGCAAGAUGCGGGCCUAUCGCUGCGGGCACCGGGGGCCAGAAAACCAAGACUCUAACGACCUCCCAGCGUGGAGCGGGCGGGAUCUUAGUCUCCGAGGAUGGGGGAAAGGCUCGGUCAGGGCCGCGCGGGGCCUCCGGGGGGCGCUCUAACCGCGGCGUCCCCGCGCCUCGGCCCCGCGGCCGGCCUCCCGCCAGAGGCGUCGCUGUGCGCUCGCGCCGGCCCCGGAGCCGCGCUCCGCGGGGAGCAGGCGCUCACGCCGAGCAGGGGUUUCAGUUUCUGGCGCGAACUUCCGCCGUUCCGAAGUUGCACGACGAAUUGGCGCGAUGUCCGGAGACAGCAGCGGCCGCCGGUCCGAAGGCCGAGGCCGGGGCCGGGGCCGCGACCCGCACCGGGAUCGCACACGCUCCCGCUCGCGGUCUCCGCUGUCGCCCGGGUCCCGCCGCGGCGCCGCGGCCGAGCGCAGGGAGGCCCCCGAGCGCCCGGGCUUGGAGGAGACAGAGCCGUCGGACUCCGGGGACGAGAUAGACCCGGAGAGCUUGGAGGCGGAGACCGACCACGGCCUCUGCCGCCAGAUCCGCCAUCAGUACCGGGCCCUCAUCAACUCGGUCCAACAAAACCGGGAGGAUAUACUGAAUGCCAGCGACAAAUUAACAGAGGUCCUUGAAGAGGCCAACACUCUGUUUAAUGGAGUGUCCCGAGCGAGGGAAGCAGUCCUGGAUGCCCAUUUUCUCGUUUUGGCUUCAGAUCUGGGCAAAGAGAAAGCAAAGCAGCUGCGUUCUGAUCUGAACUCUUUUGAUAUGUUAAGAUAUGUGGAAACUCUACUGACACAUAUGGGUGUAAAUCCGCUAGAAGCUGAAGAACUCAUCCGUGAUGAAGAUAGUUCUGAUUUUGAAUUCAUAGUCUAUGACUCCUGGAAAAUAUCAGGCAAAACAGCAGAAAACACCUUUAAUAAAACCCAUACAUUCCACUUUCUGUUGGGUUCAAUACAAGGAGAGUUCCCCGUGCCAAAGCCACGAACCGAUCGUCCAAGAAAAAAUCCUAAGGCAGAAGUGAAGCAGGCAAUGCCUGACCAGUUACAAAAAAUGGAAGCAUCUCAUCAAGAAGCAACAGAAAAAGAAGUAGAAAGAAUUCUGGGAUUGUUGCAAACAUAUUUUCGAGAGGAUCCUGAUACUCCUAUGUCCUUUUUUGACUUUGUGGUAGAUCCACAUUCUUUCCCCCGAACAGUGGAAAAUAUUUUUCAUGUUUCCUUCAUUAUAAGGGAUGGUUUUGCAAGAAUAAGACUAGACCAAGACCGACUGCCAAUAAUCGAGCCUAUUAAUGACGAAAGUGAAGGAAUUGACCAGAACACCCAAAUUAGGAAUCAAGGAAUUAUCGCUUUGAGUUAUCGGGACUGGGAGAUGUUUUUUGCUCUCUGCCAGGAGAUUGUGAAGACCUUUGAGAUCUCAGAGCCUGUGAUUGCUUCAGGCCAGAGCCAGUAGAGACUGAGCACCUGAUGCCCGACGAAGGUAAUGUUUCCUCUGGGACAGCUGAAUGUUUUAUUAAACUUGCCUUGGAAUUCAAAACAUCCCACUUUUUCACUUUCUGGUGAAACUGGGAUGUGGCCUCACUCUAGUGCCCCUGUUCUUGGAACUGCAUGUACUGGUGAGAUAAGGACCUAGAGGCUGCAAGGUUCCUUCCUUGGAUAGAUUUGUGGUUGAUAGAAGCAGAGCAGGGAUUUUUCUUGGUUUGGCUUCCCACCCCUCUCCCCCUAACAAAUUGGUAAAUUAGAUAAAUGGAUAUUGAAUCCUCCCAUUAGGUUUGUUCACUGUCCCUUUUGCAUUUGCUUACUUCAUUGGUACAAAGGAAAAAAGGAAGAUUCGGUUAGAAUUACCUUGGAAUGAUGUUAGUGAAUGGGCUUUUCUGACAUCUGAGUUAUGCUAUGAGAGAAUUCUUCAUUUUUAUGAAGGAGAUCAUUGUUAGAAGGAAAUCUUAGUGAUGAUCUGGCAUUCUGUACUGUAAACAGCUGUGGAUGAGAAUCAGAAGACCUGGAUUCUGUUGGCUCUGCAUCUUACUUUAAAACACUGGGCAAGUUAAAAAUAGGUUUUUAGUACUUAAUGUAAACUCUUAAUGUGUGCCUCAAUUAAUUGGACUUUUGUUCAAGAUAAUUGAGGGAAAGAGGAGAAUAGACAUAUAAUGGCAUAUAAUGUGAGUUAAUCUAGGCCCUAUUCACUGAGGAGAGACCAAUUGUUAGAUUUUGUUUAUGUACAUUAAAUGAACUUUCCAUUUAUUGUUUACAAACUGUUAACCAGCUAUUUUUUCCCCCUUUUUAGGACUCGGGUGGAUAGUAAAAUCCAAAAAUGGAAAGCAGCAUGUACUGUAUAUAUUGUAUGAUUAAACAUUUUUAAAGACAGAUUGCUUUAAGUAAAAUGUAGCUUUUGAUAGUCAAUGAAUUUGUUGUGGUUGUCUUUGAUUAAAGAAAAUUCACUGCCAUAUUCACAAAUA